UACAGUCAACAGUAUUUGGUCUAAAGAGUGCAGGGUGCAGUAGUGAAUGUAGGCAUAUCUUCUGUUCAGCACCAGCAGCACCACACCUCCAUUGGAUAAUGACCUCUACAGCCCAGCAGCUGCUGCACUCCCAGCGGGAUGUGCUCCUGGAGUGGACACGUGUCCACCCUGCCCCCCUACUACGCUGGCUAUGUGACGCCAGGGUACUUUCUCACGCCCACUACUUGUCCCUGCUGGAGCGUUCACCCUCCAAUGCCGUUGCGCAGGCCCUGGAGACGGUGUGCGCAAGUGAGGAGAGCAGCCGCGGCUUCCUGCAGGUCCUGAGGGAGGUGCAGGACUACUACUGUGAGGAGCUGCAGGUCUGGGUGGAGAGACACUGCAGGGAGAGGACAGAAGAGAUGAAGGAGGCCAAACCGGUUAGAGUGGAGGAGAAGAAAAAGCCAAAAAGCCCCAUUUCAAAACUGUUCAAAGGCAAGAGUAAAUUCACUGUGACCCCUGAGGUCAAAGUUGAGGAAGGGUUGAAACCUCGGCGGAGUGUAAAAUCUUCUCAUCUCAGAGUUCCCCUUUCAGCUCACAGAAAUACCCUUCUGGAACGUACAGAACGACUUACAUCUUACGCAGAAGGGGGAAGACAGGCCGCCAACUCUGCUUCUCACAUUGAGAUCCGAUACACUGAUCUCUUUGUGACUGAGGACAACGAGUCAUUUGACAGCAGCCAGCAUGAGUACUUCACCCUGGCCAGUCGACGGGCACGCAUCUACGCCCACCAGGCCUGCCAACGCAUCUGCCCUCGCCACCUCCUGAGCCCCCAAGGCACCACAGGGCGCCCACCUAAGCGGGUAAAGGUGAAGGGCAUCGCUGGCAUCGGCAAGAGCGUGGCAGUGCAGAGGCUGGUCUAUGAGUGGGCGCUGGGGAAGCACAUGCGUGAGUUCACCUGUGUGUUUGACCUCCGCUUCCGCGAGCUGAACCUGAUCAAAGCCCCGCUGAGCUUACUGGACCUGCUCGAAGACCGAUUCCGCUACUUCAAGACUGUCCUGCCAGACCUUCUGGCCUCGCCAGGUCCCUUGCUCUUCAUUCUGGAUGGGCUGGACGAGUUUCAAUACCAACUGGACUGGAAUGCUCCUGACAGGGACAUCGGCGUGGACUCCAAGGUGCCUGUAUCAGAGCUGAUGAUGGCGUUGAUCAAGGGGAGUCUACUCCCAGAAUCCUCGGUCAUCCUGACAUCCAGGCCUUCCACGGAUGCUCCUAAGCGGUUCUUCCAGCGUUGCUGCGUGGUCCUGGGAUUCGAGCAGGAGCAGGUGAAGGAGUACACCUCCAAGUUCUACAAGGACCCCGAGGUGUCUGAGAAGGUGUACAACUACAUCGUGGACAAUGACAACCUCUUUGUGCUCUCCUUCAUCCCUCUCUAUUGCUAUAUCAUCUGCACCGCCUUGGCUGAGUUUUUCUCCUGUCAGGAAGAUAGUGACUCACGGUCUCUAGAGUUAAACCCACCUAGGACAGUCAGCGAGGUUUACUACUGCUACCUGUUUACAGCCAUCAAGCACCAUGCGCUGAAAGGUAAGGCGAAGAGGAACACCCUCAGAUCGGAGGUACUUUCUCUAGUUAGGCAACAGCUGACGAACCUGGGGAGAUUAGCUUACGAAAACCUUCUAAAGAGUAAGAUCAUGUUCGACAUACAGGACCUGGAACGUUAUGGUCUCACGCCAGUAGAUAUACAGAGCACCUUCCUCAGUCAGAUCCUGGUGCCUCUGAAAGAGGAGAGGGUGGAGAUGUUUUCCUUCUUCCACUUGACCGUCCAGGAGCAUCUGGCCGCCCUGUACUGUGCGAUCAACCUCUCAAAGCAGGGUCACAUAAUCCAGGCUCUGGACUUCUGGUGCUUUGGUGAGAUCCCCCCACCUUCCACCUCCCCAACUCCCCUACUGAGCCAAGACCUCCACCUGGACCAGACUAGGGUGGAGAACCUGCAGAUGUUGACUCGCUUCUUCAUGGGGCUUCUCCGGGCCAGGCUGGGGGGGCAGUUGGAUGGGCUGGUGCUGGCCCCUCUGGAGGUGGGCUUGGAGGGGGUGGAUAUCCCCACCAGGCUGGGUAUCUGGUUCCAGAACCAGUUUAAGGGUAGGCAGCUAGCCAACCAGACGGCGCUGAAUCUGCUCCACUGUUUGAUGGAGCUGCACAUGAAGGAAGUCACCAGCAGGGCGUCACCAGAGAUCCGGAGUCUGAACCUGUUCAAGAUUAAGAUGAGCGUGGUGGACUGUGCAGCAUUACACUAUGUGUUGCAGUUCUCCCCACAUAGGCUCGAGGAGCUCAACCUGGGAUACUCCAACAUCGGAAACAGAGGUCUUAGCAGGCUAGCUCCGAUAUUGCACCGCUGUGAAUCUCUUUAUCUGCGAUAUAACUGUCUGGAAAGGGAGGCAGCAAUCCUGGAAUCUGCAGUGUUGAAAUCAAACGAGUGUCAGGUGAAGAAGCUUUUUAUGUGUGGUAACAACUUGGGUCCAGAAGGGGUUCUGGAGCUGUGGAAGGCCCUGGAGCAGAACAUUACACUGGAGGAACUCUACUUGGACAUCACUGGCAUCACAGAGAGAGGAACAGAGAACAUUGUCAAUUGCCUCAGCAAGAACACCUCUCUGAAAACGCUGACCAUCGUGGGGAAUGACAUUGGGGAGGUAGGGAAGAGGAGGCUGAGGGAGCUAGGGCAUCGACGGCCGGAGCUCCAGAUCAUUGGGAACUUUGUGGACGACCUAGGACUGCUAAACGCCUACCUGGACUGGGUAGAGGAGAUACGGGAUGACCGGGACCAGAUGGACUCAGUGAAGAACGCAGAUGCCCUACAGUCCAUCUUGAAGGGGCUGAGGGUGGGAGCAGGUGGGGAAAAUGGGGAGGGAGGGGAAGGAGAGAACACAGCCAAAGCCCUGGAGCUGGAGACCAAGAUCUUGGAGCUUUUGAACGCUCCCGCUCACCUGGCUGGAGUGAGAUGACUUCACUUAACCUUUUGCUCUGUGAGGAGCACAGGUUAUCCACAAAAUGAGAUGACUGAUCAAGUCUAAAUGGGCAAAAUAAAAUGCAGCCACACCUUUGCAUCGUCACAAAACCAGAGAACAACCUCUGUCCAGUGAAUUCCACAAAGCAAGCAUAUUGCAUGUAACAAACUGUGACAUGACCUACAGCAUGGUCAAGCAAGUGAAUGUUUCCAAAAUGUUCUGACCACUAAACAACUAUUGAUUCAGAACCACGGAGAGUUACCACGAGUCUCAAAGAAAACAGGACCUGCCUCCACUAUUCCAGCACCAUUUCAACUUCAACACUUCAACCACAUCAAAUCACAUGUUCUUAGUUUAACACAGUGACAAUUAAAAGAUACCAAAAACUAUUUAGUCCAUUGAGCAAAAUAUGAUGUGGCUGUCCAUGGUUCUAAUUUCUGUGUGUGUGUGUGUGUGUGUGUGUGUGUGUGUGUGUGUGUGUGUGUGUGUGUGUGUGUGUGUGUGUGUGUGUGUGUGUGUGUGUGUGUGUGUGUGUGCUAUUGCAUGUAAUUAAAUAUGUUGACUCACCCUACUUGUUGAUGAAACGGUCAACCACUCUGUCAUAAAGUACACGCUUUUAUUCUUUGUUGUCCUAGGCUACAUUUCUGUGAAUGACGUAUGCUCUCAAUUCGAUUUGAUAGGAGUGACACCAAAUUUCAAGCUGGCUUCCCUACACACUUUUUUUGAUGCGCCAGGACCAUUCACAAUUGCGCUCGCUCAGUUUAGUUCAAUGCAGAUUGGCACAUUUCUGAAUACUUUUUUUUUAUCAAGGGAGGCCAAAUUCUUGCUGGCUUCCCUUGCAUUCUAUUCAAUGCAAUUGGCGGCAGCAAUAGAUGGACAGAGAUGGACAGACAGAGGGGCGCUGUUUUGCUCGCUUGGAUACUUUGUCCGAUGAGAUACAUUCAGCCUCUUGUCGAAUUGAAGGAAAAUGAUAAAACUCAGAGAGAUGAAAGAUACAUUUAACUAGGCAAGUCAGUUAAGAACAAAUUCUUAUUUUCAAUGACGAACUAGCAACAGUGGGUUAACUGCCUGUUCAGGGGCAGAACGACAGACCUUGUCUGCAACCUUUUGGUUACUAGUCCAACGCUCUAACCACUAGGCUACCCUGACGCCCCACAUUUUUAAUGGUAAAACAUUUUUGGGAAGCCUGGCUUCCCUUGGCACCCAUGAAUACACGCCACUGCCUAUAUGUCACACGGGACUGGGUGGGUGAGGAAGGAAUCAGGCGCAGAGAGUUCCACUGGGAAAAAGUACUCUUUAAUAAGGCACAAAAAUAGACAAGCCCAACAACACAGGGCCCGGACAGUAAAUGAGACUACACAAAACACAGGGUGCCAAGUCCAGAAAAUUACACAUCUCUGCCUAAACGCACACGCGUAACACAAAGACAAUCCCGCACAAAACAAGCGCGGGUACACGUACUUUAAAUUAGGAAGCUCAUUAAGCACAUACAACAGGACACAGGUGAAACUAAUAAGACAAAACAAACAGACAAACGAAAAAGGGAUCGGUGGCGGCUAGUAGGCCGGUGGGAGCCAACUUCGGUGGAAGUCGUGACACUGUAGCCCUAAAUCCUAGCCCUUUUAUACUUUUCUAAUUGGGCCGUAGUGA